UUUGCGUUGGCGUGAGCGGUAUAGGGGUCGCGCGUCGUCGAUUUGUCCAGCUUGCUUUGCUUGCUAGUGUCUACAUGCCGCUAGUUAAUCGAGGCGACCGACUCAGCUUUGCUGUUCACCGCCACAACAGCAUUAUUUGUCUAGCAAAACGAGUGGGAUCUCACACAGUCCGCUGGUUCGCCGCCCGCAAAAAGAGAAGAGCGAUGCGCACCGCUGUGGUCCUCUGCAGCCUCUGCCACGCCGCCGCACUGCAGGCACCGCAGACGCCGACGACGCGGCGCAUUACUGCGAGCAGCGCCGCCAGCAGUGCAGCAACGACUAACGAAUGGGACGCCGUCGUCGUCGGCAGCGGGAUAGGUGGACUUAGCUGUGCAGCCAUCCUCGCGAACGCUGGGAAGCGCGUGCUCGUCUGCGAGGCGCACGACCGCGCCGGCGGAGUAGCACAUGAUUAUGAAGUGCAAGGAUUCACCUUCGAAAACGGGCCCUCCUUGUACGCGGGCCUCUCGCCAAACGCGAGCCCAAAUCCAUUGAAGCACGUCUUCCAGAUCAUCGGCGAGGAGCCCGAGUGGCUCACUUAUGAUAGAUGGGGCACGGCCUUUCCGGAGGGGACGUUUGCCGCCGCCGUCGGGGCCAAAGAUUUCAAGGAACGAAUUCUGCCGACGUACGCGGGACCCGGUGCCGCGGAACAAUUUGACACAUUAAUGAAGAGGGUCGAACCUCUCGGUGAAGCCAUCUUCGGCGUGCCGUCGGCGGCCGUGCGCGAGGACGCGUUUGCCGCUGUGACGUUGGGCAGAUACGGCCUGUCGCUCGCCACGUUAUUGGCCGUGGGCCCCGCGCCGGCAUUGUCAAGACCCUUCGCGGAAGUCCUGGACCAGUGCGGCGUCACCGAUGCCUUUCUACGGAACUGGCUGGACAUGAUCUGUUUCCUGCUGCAGGGGGCGACGACGAAAGAGGCGCCGACGACGCUGAUGGCCUACAUGCUCUCGGACUUUUAUUGUGACGGGGUCGUACUGGAUUUCCCGAGGGGCGGGACCAAGAGUAUUAUCGACGCUUUGUUACGAGGCGUUAGGAAGAACGGCGAGCUGCGGCUCAACGCGCCGGUGGCCAAGGUGCUGGCAGAAGACGGCGCGACGACGGGCGUGGAGCUGGCGUCCGGCGAGACCAUAUCCGCCCCGAUUGUGGUCUCGAACGCGGACCUCUGGACCACACAGAAAUUAAUACCAAAGCACCCGAAGCUCGUCGACUACUUCGACAAACAAGCGGCAAGGGUGACGCGCUGCGACUCGUUUUUACACUUACACGUGGGUAUAGACGCCACGGGCCUGCCCACAGAACCGUCCGAAUCAUUACCGGCCCAGUGGGCGGCACUCGACGACUGGGGCCGCGGCGUCGACGCGCCGCGCAACUUGGUUCUCGUGUCCAUGGCGUCGAUGCUCGACCCGUCUUGUGCCGCGCGGAAAUCAACCAGGGAGCAGACGUCGCGUCUAUGGCGUGGGGGUCGACGCGAGGAUUCCCGCACAGGUCGCUCGCGCCGGACGGCUGCCACGUCAUCCACGCCUACGUGCCGGCGACGGAGCCCUUUGAAGACUGGGAAGAGUUCCUCACGGACGGUGGCUACCAGUCGCCGGCCUACCGGGAGGCGAAAGAACAAGCCGUCGAGGUCCUCUGGCGGGCCAUCGAGCGCUACGUGCCCGACGUCCGUCAAAGGGUAAAGGUCGCGCUGCCCGCGACGCCCUUGACCCAUCGACGAUUUAAUAGAAGAGACGCCGGGACCUAUGGACCGUUCCUGCCUGCCACCUCAGGACAGCUCAUGGGCCAUUCCACACCGCUCGACGGCUUCUACGUGUGUGGGGACUCGACGUUCCCCGGGAUUGGGGUCCCGGCCGUCGCGGCCUCGGGCAUGAUCACGGCACAUAGUAUUCUGGACGUCCAGACGCACUGGGCGAACCUCGACAAGCUGCGGAUACGGUAGUUCGGCCCUCACACGCCGUCGCCCC